UUAACGGUUCGUGUUUACCUCGUCGAUGAUGAUCAUCGGGAUUUUAAUGGAAAUAUCGAUUCAGACGAUCAAUGAUAUUUGAGAUUGAUGUUUUAUUUUCCCAGAGUCAAACACUCGAACGUUUUGUGUUUGUCAAACCGAGCCAUUUCUAAAAAGUGAAUUAAAUGAACAGUUGAAUCUUCGCGGGUCAAAGUCCGGACCGACUCGGUUCAAGAUGGAGAUGCUACAUGGUAAAGACAUCAGCACUCUCUCUCUGUCACAAUGAGGAUGAUGCUGCGCCGGGUGGCAGUGGUCGGGGCCGGAGCAGCGGGACUCUGCGCCGCCAGACACGUCCUGUCCCGUCCAAACAGCUUCGCCCAUCCAGUGGUGUUCGAGCUCAGCGACAACAUUGGCGGCACCUGGUGUUACGAGGAAUGUGUCGGCGCGCACGACAACGGACGACCGGUUCACAGCAGCAUGUACAGAGACCUCAGGACCAACCUGCCCAAAGAGGUGAUGAUGUUCCCAGAGUUCCCCUUUGACCCUCAGCUGAGCAGCUUCCUGCCCCAUCAGGAGGUUCAGAAGUACCUGGAGAGAUACUGCCAGAGCCACAACAUCCGGCCCCACAUCAGGUUCAACACUGUGGUGGACAACGUGAAACCCGUUGUCGUGACGACAGAGGACGGGGCCGAGGAGACAACGUGGGAGGUGACAUCAUCUGAUGCGUCAGGUCGUCAGCAGACCGCAACCUUCGACUCUGUGUUUGUUUGCUCGGGGCACUACUCCGACCCACACAUCCCGAAGGUACCAGGGAUACAGAACUUCAAAGGAAAGGUUCUCCACAGUCACUCGUACCGGUUCGCAGAGAUGUUCUCGGGUCAGUCCGUGGUGGUUCUGGGAGCCAAAGCUUCAGGAUUGGACAUUUCCAUCGAACUGGCUAAAGCUGGUGCAAAGGUGACUCUGAGUCAUGGUCGUCCUCAGCUCACCUUCCCUCUGCCCUCCGAGAUUCGACAGUCCUGUCCGGUGGCGGCGAUCGAGGACGACGGCAGCAUUCGCUUCCAGGACGGCUCGCUGGGCCGCGCCGACGUCCUGAUGUUCUGCACCGGCUACAACUUCAAGUACCCGUUCCUGGACGCGGAGCAGGUGGGCCUGGAAAUCCAGCACCACAUGGUGUCACCGCUGUACCGCUUCUUGAUGCCCCCUGCCUUCCCCUCGCUCGUCUUCAUUGGCAUCUGCAAGAUGAUCUGCCCCUUCCCCAACUUCGACUGCCAGGUCCAGUUCGCUCUGGCCGUGUUGGACGGUUCCGUCACUUUGCCAUCUCGGGCUGAGAUGGAGGACGAGGUCCGGCGGGAGCUGCAGGAAAAGGUGGAGCGCGGAGUCGAGCAGCGCCACCUGCUGGUCAUGGAUAAGGAUCAGUGGGAGUACCUCCGAGCGCUGGCUCACACCGCCGGGUUCCCGCCGCUGCCUCCAGUCGUACGCGACCUGUAUGUCGAGGUGUGGCGACAGCGACAGGUUCACCCCGAGAACUACCGGCGGCUCAACUACAGGCUGGUCAGUGACACUGAGUGGGAGCUGAUCGAGUGACUGAUGGAGACGUUUGAUAAACUUUACAAAAGGUUUGUCAGCAGCUGCUGGACGAUCGUUCCUCAGACAUUCCUGGUCCCCAGAGGAUGAAUCAUGUUCAUCACGUCCUCUGACCUUUCCUCCGGAACACAGACUGUAAAUAUUCGUUCUUAUUAAUGUCUCAUAACUGAUCAUGAAAUCAUUAGUAAACUGAUGUAUUGAUAAAUUCAUUGAUUACACCGUAUAUCCACUCCAUCAUGGUGCCUUAUCAGGACGUUGUGUCCGACAAUGUGCAGCUUGUGUAAUAAACUCAACUGAAUCUCA